UUGUUUGUUACCUUUUUACUUCCGGAUUAUUGUUUGUUUACUUUUAUUAAAGUUUGUGAACGUUCGCCGGUUCCCGCCUCCUUCCUUCCCUUUUAUUGAGCUUUUAUUACAGUAUUCUAGUAUUUUAUCUUUUAAUAUGCAGGACUAAUUCAUCGACACACAAGAAUGUGGGAGGGGUUUGUUUGGUAGGAGGGGCAGAUCCCUCCCUCAGACAUAUGAACUAUAAAAUGCAUCCACUUCCAUCGAGAGAGAAGGAGACAGUCUAUCACAGCCUGUAAAUCAGACCUAAUCCUUAGAAAGUAUCAUUUGACUUCUGCUGCACAUGAUGGGCGUCACACUGUUGGGUGUUGUGCUGAUCUUCUUGUCUGUAGGGCUGAAUAUACAGACAGCAGAGAGCUGCCGCUGUGCCCCACGUCACCCUCAACAUCAAUUCUGCACUUCUGAAAUGGUGAUUUUAGCUGACGCAACCGGAAACAGACUGUCUGUUAAGGGUCAAAACAACUUAUUUCGGUAUAAAAUCAAAAUAAUCAAGGUAUUGAAAGGUUCUAACUAUGCAAAGCGAAUUCAAUACAUCUACACAGAUCCACAAACAAUGUGUGGCAUCACACUGGAUCAGGGGCGAUACGUGCUUUCAGUAUACCGGUUUAAAGAUGGGAUCAGGUCGAUGAUGUGUGGCCUUGUGAAGCAAUGGGAUCUUCUCUCCUUAACGGAACAAGAAAACUUCAAACAAACAUAUAAGAUGGGCUGUGACUGCACGAUCUCUACAUGUUCUGGCAGUCCUUGUUGUCCCCAAUCUAAGAACGAAUGUAUGUGGGAAACCAACUCUCCUGACUCUCUGGAGUACGCCUGUCUGAGGGACAGUGACGGCAUCUGUAGCUGGUACUGGCCAAGUUCAAAAGUUGAUGAAGAUGCAAUGUGCAUCUAAAAGACCAGCAUUUUCUCAUUCUUAAAGAAGAUAUUUGGUUGAUGCUGAGAAUUGUUGUUCUUUCUAAUACUAAUUCAGCUUCAGAGUCCAUUUUUUAAUCAAUUUAACACUGCUGUUUUAACUGUGAGAGAGGAAAGAUCCCAUUCUUCCCCCACUGACUGUUUCCAUCUGCAAAUUAAACACCUUUGUAUGCAAAAUAAACAUGUUUCUAUUUGAUUGUAAUAUAAAAAGUAAGCAUGCUUUGUAAAAACAGGAUAUUUUUCAGUUGAAUUCAAUAAAAAUGCAUAUUGAGCAACAUGUCUAAAAGCAUGAUGUGAAAAAUGACAACGUUAAAAAACCAUCACAAUGUUUAAUAAGCUGCUGAUGUAAAUCCCUUAUAUUAUCAUCUACAUUUAUGAAUUCUAUGGAUGCUUUUACUGCUUUUAACAUGCAUUUAAGGUACACAUUCUUCAUCAUACUGUUGACUUUGAGAAUCAUUUCAGCCUUUAAGCUCAGGUAUCUGUUGAUGGCAGAGGAAAAUUUCUCAGCUUUUUCGCAAAUUGUUAGUUGAGAAGCGUGACGUGUUGGGCUAAAAGAUACACAACAUUUUAAUAGUCUUAUUUUUAUUUAUAAUUAACUUA